AUGACUGUGAAAAUCAUCCACCGAAACCACAAAAGAGGAAGUAUCUGUUCCGCUCAUUCAAAUGGACCAAGUUCUUCCAAAUUACCACCCUUGACUGGGUCGAAGCCGGUUUGCGAUGCUUCACCAAAAUUACGACAUAAUUUCAAACCCGUGAAAAUCUUUACCACUAAAGAGCGUAAGAGAUCUUAUUUCGGUAACGCGUUCCAUUUGUGUCGUGAGAUUUUGAGACUCACCAAGUUGGUUGUCCACGCACAUGUGCAAUACAGGCUGAACAACGUUGAUGCUUAUCAGCUAGGAGAUGGUCUGCAGUACAUUUUUGCUCAUGUUGGACAGCUUAACGGAGUUUACCGUUACCAGUAUAAGCUGAUAAGACAGGUUCGUAUGUGCAGAGAUCUGAAGCAUAUCAUCUACUAUCGCUUCAAUACCGAACCAGUCGGAAAGGGACGCGGUUGUGGUUUCUGGGCUCUAGUAAGUGGAGAAGGAGGAUGUAACAUGAUGAUGGAGGCUAAAUUGGAGAAAGUAGUUAAAAAGAUAGAUUUGGCACUGCUGAAUAUUGCUGAGGCUGUACAUGUCGUCAAAGAACAACGUUCUCAUAAAAUACAAAGAUAUGAACCACACGAUUUGCUUUGCAAUCAUCAGAGACUUCAGUUUGUUUUGUUCAUCGUACAGUACUACGGUUUGGUGCUCGAUCUCCUCAUUCUCGGUCUGCAACGAGCAGAGUGA